AAACAACUGGCAACGCUGAGAAGCGCUUAAAUUUUUAAGAACUUUUUCUUAAGCAGUCUCUUAAAAACCCUUCAAAAUGGAAAAGUAUCUGGAGCCUGAGAAGACCACAAUAAGUCCAGACAAGGACAUUCUUCAUCCGGAUGAUGCUCAGUACAUUUGGCUGCCCAUUUUGGUGCUCGUUGGCAUACUUGUUCUAGCAGCUUUGGUGUACGCCAUGUCACGUAGUCGCUGCCGGUUUUCCUGGGAAUGUCUGAACCGAAGGAAAGCCCCACGGGGUGGGUACAUUAACGUGGACGAAGAGGAUUCCGAUGUGCCCAUGGCCUGUGGCGAUGAACUGGGUGAUCACCGGAUUGAAGCUAGCCUCCUCAGCGGUAGACUGCACAUUCAGGAUAUAACGCCUUCAACGCCUAGAUAAUCUCAAAAGACUUCCAUACACUUUAUUGUCCACAUUUGUCUCCACGGUGGUUGUCAUCGGUUAAGUUACUACUGCAAACUACGUGCCUCCUACUACAAGUACAACGAAAAUAAGCCUAUUUUAGUGAUCCGUAUUGGCGGCGCCCAGAAUUCGCGUCGUCAGGUCGUAGAAGCCAAAGAAGAAGGCACCUCCCAGUGUGAUCCACAGCACCCGCGGCACAAAACCAGCAAACAGACUGAAAUAUAAAAAUUAUCCAUUAAUAAAUGUAAACAUUAUCGUAAA